AUGGCGAAUCUCGUGGAAGCGACAAGUCAACAACAGUUUGAGGAUAUCCUCUCUAAAGCUGGAAAACGACUGACCGUGGUCCACUUCUACGCUCCAUGGGCUCCUCAGUGCGGCCAGAUGAACGAGGUGAUGACCGUGCUGGCCAAGGAGCACGCGCACACCACGUUCGUGAAGCUAGAAGCGGAGACGCUCCCGGAGGUUUCGGAGAAGUAUGAAAUCUCCUCGGUGCCAACGGUCGUUUUCUUUAAGGCGGGAGAGAAAGUGGACCGACUGGACGGGGCGCAUGCGGCGGAGUUGACCAAGAUGGUUCAAAGGUUGGCGGUGGCCGGGAGCCCGAAUGAGUCAUCGGGAGGAGAGGACCUGAACCAGCGGCUAAAGAAGCUGAUUAACGCGGCCCCCUGCAUGCUGUUCAUGAAGGGCGCCCCACAGGAGCCCCGCUGCGGCUUCAGCCGGCAGAUAGUGGCGCUGCUGAAGGAGCACAGCAUCCAGUUCAGCAGUUUCGACAUCCUGUCCGAUGAAGAGGUCCGGCAGGGCCUGAAGACCUACUCCAACUGGCCCACAUACCCGCAGCUGUACGUGAACGGGGAGCUAGUGGGGGGACUGGACAUCGUGAAGGAGCUGGCGGAGUCAGGGGAGCUGGAGAACGCCUGCCCCAAGGCCGUGAACUUGGAUCACCGUCUGAAGACCAUCAUCAACCAGAGUCCAGUAAUGCUGUUCAUGAAGGGCAACAAGGAGGCUGCAAAGUGCGGCUUCAGCAGGCAGAUCCUGGAGAUUUUAAACGCCUCUGGGGUGGACUAUGACACCUUUGAUAUCCUGCAGGAUGAAGAGGUCCGUCAGGGGCUCAAGACUUACUCCAACUGGCCCACUUAUCCCCAGCUGUAUGUGAAAGGGGAGCUGAUCGGAGGCUUGGACAUAGUCAAGGAGCUGAAGGAGAGCGGGGAGCUGGCAGCAGUGCUGAAGGGGGAGUCGUAGAUGGAUCCAGACAGGAACAGGCAGCAUCUUAUCUAAAGAGGGGUCAGGAAGGGACACAAACAAACAAAACAUCACUAUCAGAUUAGAACAUGGAGCUGCAGAGAAUAAAAAUCACUCUUGGUUUUUAUUUUGAUUGUUGUAGUUUAGCUCAUUCAUGAAAGUCACGUGUCAGGAACAAUUUGUUGAUUAAAUAAAACUGGGAACCGCUGACUCUAGGUCAGAUUUUCCUCUUCUGUUUUCUUAUCCUCAUUCUUCAGAUAUGUUUGGGUUAAAAGUGUUUCCUCUGUUAUGGCACCUGUUCCACGAAAACAUGAGUAAAUAAAAAAAACAUCAAGAUG